AGACCAGACCCCAGACUGGAUCAGUGGACCAGACGAUCAUCAGGAGUCAGGGACUCAGAGCUGCAGAAGACAAAUCAGGUCUAAGACCAGUGUGAGGAAAUCACCAGUCACAGAUGUAGAGUAUUUAUGGAUGGAUUUAUCAUAGGUUUAAGUCCCAAGACUGGAAUUUAACUUCAGACCAACAUUUGUGAAUAAAAGUAUGAACCACAUUAACAGUCAGUGACUCAGUGACAGACAAGAGUCUGAUGGAGAAUAAAGAAAUCUUUAAAGUGGAGUUUUCAUCUAGGAGCUUUAACCUAAGUCUAGGUCAAAGUUCACUGACCUUUUCUGAACCACAGAUCAGUUUCCUGUAAGACAAGGUGACAAACCAGGAGAACAUGAGAUGAUGUCCAAACAAAUGUAAAGGUCAUGAAAGUCAAACUCCUGUUCUCCACAGAGGGUUGAUCAGGUGAGGGACAGCUGUGAUGAUAGAACUUCAAAGGCAUUUGGACAUAAUUUGUGCCCUUUUGAUGAAUGAGAUCUAAUUAAAGUUAAAGUUUGAUGAGACAUGACUCUGAUGUGAUUGGAAAGUUGAUCAAUACUGGUCAGUGAUCAAUAUCAGCCUGUUAUUGUCAUCCUUUAUUCAACACAGGUUCCAAUUCCAACAAACAGAACUGUAUAUGGAACUGUUUUUAUGUUGAAGCUGAGGCUGCACUUCUCUGACCUUUGACCUUUAAAGAUCCUCCACAAAGACUUGACUCUGACAAGAGUCAAAGUUUAUAACAUUAGCUCAGACCAAAGUCCAUGGAGAAAAUCAGAGAAAAACCAACUGGUUCUAAACAUUUUAGGGGAAAAAAGAGUGAAAAACAGAAGAACAGAGUAAAUGUACACAACUGCCUAAAAUUUUACCACAUGACUGUACAUCUUCAUGAUGAUGAUGAUGAUGAUGAUUAUCCAUACUUCAACUGUCUUUUUUUUUUUCAGAAUGGCCUCCUGGAACCAUUGUUGGAGUCAUUGUUGGAGCCAUUGUUGGAGCCAUUUUUGGAGCCAUUUUGACUCUGUGUUGCAAGAAAAAAUGUUGUGGGAAAAAUAACUCCAAUGAUCCUAAACGGAAAACAAGUUCAGAAGAACGAUCAGCAUUGGAACUGGUAUCUAAAGCUCCUCCAUUCAUGAUGUUCACCCUGUUGGAGAUGAUUGCCUCUCAGGGAAGAGAACGCUCUGACUCCUAGCUCCUUGCUGCACUUCCUGAAGUGUUGUGUGUAGAUUACAGGCCUCAGACCCUGGCUGCUGUCGACAGCUCUGUCAUUAUAUUAGUUUCCUGCCUGAGCAGCGACAAAACUCUAAAGUUAAAGUGAACGCCGAGAAGGCCAGAAGUAGCCGUGAACCGCCAUGGUCGACUCAUCAGAGAUACGGUUUUCCACAGCUGCUCCUCUGCUCCCCACUGCGUCUGCGCAAUUAGAAACUCGUGGAGGAGGAAAACCAAUAGAGUAAAGGAGAAACCAGUCACAGAGAGAGGGAGAGGGAGAGAAAGGAGGAGAGAGGAGAGGCACGGGGAUGAAGCAGGGGCUCACACAACAUCUACUGUAAACAAGCUCCAGUCUGGAAAUCAGUAGAUGAGAAGAGAUCCAGGGGGGGGGGGAGAGACCGGGGACAGAGCCAUGGCUACGGGACGAGGUGGGGGUGAUGGAGGAGCAGAGAGGAGAGGGAGGACAGGACUCCCUGGACGGUGCUGGAAAACCUGCUAUUUUCCCAUUGUGUUGUGGCUGGUGUCUGUUUGUGGGGAGGAGAAGACGUUCAUCGUGGAGGUAAACACGGCGAAGCGCACGCACACACACACACACACACAAACAUCAAAAGAGAACAGAGGCAGUGGUGUGUUUGUGUUUAUGUCCUCCUCUGUUGGACGUUCAUGCUUCAUCAUCAUCUCUGUUUCUUCCAUAGUCUUUGUUUUCUUCCUCUUCCUCUCAUGUCUCAGGUGGAUGAGGAGACCUCGCUGUGGCGUUCCUGAUCUUCCUCACAGCAGCAGACCAUUGAGGAACAAACGCUACGCACUGACAGGACAGAAGUGGAGAGAAAAGAAGAUCAGCUACAGCAUCUCUAACUUCACUCCUAAAGUGGGGGAGAAGGACACCCAGAGAGCCAUCAGACAGGCCUUCAACGUGUGGCAGGUCGUCACUCCGCUCUCUUUCCAGGAGGUCCCGUACGCGCAGCUGAAAAGCGAGGGCAAAGAAGCGGACAUCAUGAUCUUUUUUGCCUCCGGUUUCCACGGUGACAGCUCUCCCUUCGACGGCGAGGGGGGUUUCCUCGCACACGCCUAUUUCCCUGGCGCUGGCAUUGGAGGCGAUACACACUUUGACUCUGACGAACCCUGGACGCUGGGCAACGCCAACAACGACGGUAAUGAUCUGUUCCUGGUGGCGGUCCAUGAGUUGGGUCACGCCUUGGGUUUGGAGCAUUCCAACGAUCCUAGUGCCAUCAUGGCUCCAUUCUACCAGUACAUGGACACACACAACUUCAAACUGCCUCUGGACGACCUGCAGGGCAUUCAAAAAAUCUAUGGUAUCCCCACAGCCAUGCUGGAGCCGACCAGACCUUUGCCCACCUUACCUGCUCGACGGACCUACCCCACCUCUGAGCGGAAACACGAGCGGCCCUCGCGCCCAGGUCGCCCCUCCGGUGACCGCCCCGCACUGCCCGGAAACGGUAAACCCAACAUCUGCGACGGAGACUUCAACACAGUGGCCUUCUUCAGACGAGAGAUGUUCGUCUUCAAGGACCAAUGGUUCUGGCGCCUGAGGAACAACAAAGUUCAGGAGGGCUAUCCCAUGCAGAUUGACCAGUUCUGGAAAGGUCUGCCUCCUCGCAUCGAUGCCGCCUACGAGAGACCUGACGGCAGAUUUGUUUUCUUUAAAGGUGAUAAGUACUGGGUGUUCAAGGAGGUGACGGCAGAGCCCGGUUACCCUCACAGUCUGGUGGAACUGAGCAGCUCCCUGCCCAAAGACGGCGUUGACGCAGCACUGCGCUGGGAACCCAUGGGGAAAACCUACUUCUUCAAAGGAGACCAGUACUGGAGGUACAACGAGGAGAAGCAGGACACAGAUCCGGGGUAUCCUAAACGCAUCGGAGUAUGGAAGGGAAUUCCGGACUCACCGCAGGGAGCUUUCAUCAGCAGAGAGGGCUACUACACCUACUUCUACAAAGGCCAGGAGUACUGGAAGUUUGACAACCAGAAGCUGACUGUAGAACCUGGAUAUCCAAAGUCCAUCCUCCGUGACUGGAUGGGCUGUGAUCCGUCCGACGUGGACACAUCGCCGGGCAGCGGUAACCGUGGAGACCGACAGCUGCCCCUGGACGACGUGGACAUCAUGGUGGCGAUCAACGACGUCCCGGCCACAGUCAACGCCAUUGCCGUGGUGAUCCCCUGUAUCUUGUCACUGUGUAUCCUGGUUCUGGUUUACACCAUUUUCCAGUUCAAGAACAAAGGAGGGCAGCAGAACACAAUGACCCCGGAAUACUACAAAUACCCCGUACAGGAGUGGGUAUGACGGCCACUGCUGCCCCCGCAGGCCACUCUAUCAGACUGAUGCUGAAUGCUUACUGGACUUAGGAGUCAGUGUCGGGGACACCGAUCAGAAACUCGUGCCUGCUCUGUGACAGAGUUCACUGAAAAACACAAACACAAAAAGACAGCAGUAGAUGUUCUCACUCUUACCCAAGUCAGAGAGGUGGAGCGGACACUGAACUUUGUCUCCGUCUGGAUCCAAGCUCCACACAACCUUCUCAGUGAUUAAAAAUUAAAAAAAGGAAAAAAACAACAGGAAGAAAAAGGAAAACAAACCUCAGAAACUGAGUUUGGUCUAGAUCAGCCGGUUAGUCCGUAAAGAUAAACAAAGAAAAGUAGGUUAAAAAAGGCCAUAAAAUAAAAGCAGGGGUCUCUUUAAGAAGACUCACUCUUAAAACUCUUUAUCGCUUACGCCAUCACACAUCAGCUCUACUCCUGAUGAUGUCAUCGCCCGGAUCUGACCCUUGGUAUAAACAGUAACCAGACCAGACAUUCAGACUCUUUGUUGGACCUAAGAUUAUCACUAUCUCCAGGUUGAAAUGCCACCAUCAAUCACUUUCAAACACUUCUACAGCCAGUCAGGAAGCUACGUGAACAAGCUCCACCCACAUGGUGCUAAUGCUCUCCGACAGUCCCACACUCAUAUAUGAACUGUUCCUGCUACUAUGUGAGUUUGAAAUACAACUACACUGACAACCUGGUUUCCCAAAGUGAAGGAUUUGGAACCAGCACCUGUUUUAGCUCAAGCUACAGCUUUUUCUCCUCCUUCUUUUCUCCUCUUUCUUCUUCUUCUUCCUCCUUAGGUUCAUACAGAACUGAUGGACUGAAAACACCAUCUUGCAGAUAUUGACAGUUGUGUAGUUGAGUGCGUUAAAACCCGAUCUUUAAAUAUAAAUUUGCCAAAUCUAAGCUCAGACACCAGAAACCAAAAUAGGAAUCUUUUAGCACGUAUUUAUGGAUUCUUAUUUGACAUGUGGUUAAUCAUUUGAAUUCCCUUAGUUUUUCAUUUAAUAAUAAUAUUAAUUAAAAAAUUUAAUUUAGAUUUAAUCCUUAGAUUUAAUCCUUUCGAUAACUUUAUUUUUAUAACCUUUUUGAAAUGUAGCUACAGUUUUAUUUGUAAAAGGAAAAAAACAAAUUCGUCCAGAUCAGAUUCUGAUGGCAUUUAGAUAAAAUGGUGAAGGUUGGGUUUUGAUGGUGUUGAGUCUGAAACAGCUAGAGUGAAACAUUAGGAUCAAUAAUCAGUGCUUUGCGGCAGAUCUGUUAAGCUGUAAAGAUCAGUUCAGCUUCCAAACAUUUGUUAAGGCUGUGUGUAGAGAGGUGAAUCGUCAGCGUAGAGAGUGAGAACAGUCAGAAGAUCUGCACAAAAACAGUGGUGAAAAUGAAGAAAAAUCAGUCACUAUGGGAAAAAAAAACCUGCCAACUUCAGCCACUACAUGACAGUUAAUCACAUACAGAAAAGAACGUGAACACAGAGGAAUGUUUCACUACAUGUUACUGAAUGUUCCAGUGAUUUCUUUUAUUUUGAAUAUUUUGUUAUUUACACAUAAUGCAUUACAAUUGUUGUUGUUGAAUCGUUUGUUGAUAUUUGAAAAGGUGAAUGAAUUCACGGGAGUAGCAAAGUAAAAGUCAAAUAAUAAUAAACCUUUGGAAUAAUUGAUGACGA